ACAGUGAUGUACAGCCAUCCGAAUGGUUGACAAGCUUGUGCUUUGAAAGUUCUUAUGAUCAUGUCAAAAGGGGGAGAUGACAAGAUCGUAUCUGCUGAUGAUGAUGGAAGGUGAACUGAGGUUUUUCCAUGUGAUUGGCUGAUGGUCAUUUGUUCUGUUGAACUAGUUGCUGCUUCUGCUUCCUUUUUUGUCUCAGUAUGAAAGGGCAGUUAAAGGGCCUGAGCUGUCUUUUAUUCUAAUUAAAACCUUUAAGAGUGUACCAUCACAACGGUGUGACGGGAAUGUUCGGGCAGUGAAAGUUCUAUAGAAUUCUGGGCGCCAUUCAAUACAAUUUGGAAUUUUAGAAUCUUGCAUUGUUACGCAUUCUUUUAUAGAAUGUUCAAAAACCCACACUCUUAAUGGUUAGACAAGAAAAAAAAUCCUGUAUUGGUCAACAUAGACUGUAGCUUUCUAACCUUCACCUCCCCUCUUCUCUCCUCCUUUCUCUCCCUCCUUUCUUUCCCUCCUCCUCCUCCCCCUCCUCUUUCUUUUUUCUCACUCGUUUUUCUUCGCUCGAUGGAUUGUCUGUGUGUUUCUGAGGAGGAGUUAAUCUAGUGGAGUGGUCGCACUAAUCACAAUUGGCUGAGCAGAGUAAGCAGGCUUGAACGCAGUGUACUCUGGAAGGCACACACACACACACACACAUAAAGACACAAGCACACACACACACACAAAGGGACUCAAUCACAUAUAUGCUGGUACGCUUACUACAUACUGUGUCAGAAGACUGCGGAGAGUGGUCCAACACCCAGCAACAGCAGUCGGGUUAUAAGGAAUUCAACACAAAGUUGAGGACAUUUUUACCUUUUUUUUCAACCUCCAGCCACUACUUAUGGAGAACGAUCGUGUGCCUCAGACGGGUAACGAUGAGGAGGCGGUGGUUGACCAGGGGAAGACCAACUCCACCAUCCACACCAACUUCGAGAAGGAGGAGCUUGAGAGCCACCGUGCGGUGUAUGUGGGGGUGCACUUCCCCAUGGGACGUGAGAGCCAGCGGAGACGCCACCGUCACCGAGGCCAUAAGCACCACCGCAAGCGGAGGGAGCGCGAGAGCGAGCACCAGGACGGACGCGAGUCGCCCACCUACGACACUCCGUCCCAGCGUGUGCAGUUCAUCCUGGGCACAGAGGAUGACGAUGAGGAGCACAUCCCCCACGACCUCUUCACCGAGCUGGACGAGCUCUCCUUCAGGGACGGGCACGCCUACGAAUGGAAGGAGACCGCCAGGUGGCUGAAGUUCGAGGAGGAUGUGGAGGACGGUGGUGAGAGGUGGAGUAAGCCCUACGUGGCCACCCUUUCGCUGCACAGCCUGUUCGAGUUGCGCUCCUGCAUACUCAACGGAACCGUCAUGCUGGACAUGCGAGCCAACACCAUCGAGGACAUCGCAGAUAUGGUGAUUGACAGCAUGGUGGCGUCGGGCCAGCUGGACGAGGGCCUGCGUGAGAAGGUGCGGGAGGCCAUGAUGAAGAGGCACCACCACCAGAGCGAGAAGAAGCUGAGCAACCGCAUCCCCCUGGUGCGCUCCUUUGCAGACAUAGGAGAAGGUCUCUCCUCCUCCCGCCUGUCCCUCCUGAAGCGCUCCUCCUCACUGGGCAGCCAGGGUACCCCUCCCCACUCCCGCCGGCGCACCAAGGAGGAGCGCGCCUCCGCCCUGCUCCGCAACCCGCUCCUGCACAGCCCCACCUCCACCCCCGGCGCGUCCCCCACUGUCACCCCCACUGUCACCCCCACGGCCACCCCUACUGCCACCCCCAGAAACUCUCCCCCAUUCCCCCGACGCCAGCGCCACACCUACCCGCCCCCGCGCUCUCCUGGUCCCGCUCUCCACAGCCCGCAGCUGCUAGUGGGCGGGUCUGGGGAGCUGGCGGGCAUCCCUCAGGUGGUGGUCUACCCCCCUGAUGAGGUGGAGGAGCAAGGGAGGGAAAGGGAGAGGGAGGAGUUUGCCCCCUGGCCAGAAUCGGACUCGCUCCGGAGGGAGGUUCUUAUGCCGGACCCCGCUCAGUUGGCCUGGCUCCUGGCUCCGCAAGAAGGCCUCCUGUCAUCCCCUCAGUCUGCUCCGGGGAGCCUGGACAACAGUAAGGCCAGUGAGGGGCGCCUCAAUGGGGCCAACGGUAGCCGGGAGAACAGCACUGUCGACUUCAGCAAGGUGGACAUGCACUUCAUGAAGAAGAUCCCGCCGGGUGCGGAGGCGUCCAACGUGCUGGUGGGGGAGGUGGACUUCCUGGAGAGGCCCAUCAUCGCCUUCAUACGCCUCUCGCCCGCCGUGCUGCUCACCGGCCUCACAGAGGUGCCCGUGCCCACCAGGUUCCUGUUCCUGCUGCUCGGUCCAUUUGGCAAAGGCCCUCAGUACCACGAGAUCGGACGCUCCAUAGCCACGCUCAUGACUGAUGAGAUCUUCCAUGACGUGGCGUACAAGGCCAAAGACCGUAACGAUCUGCUGUCGGGGAUCGACGAGUUCCUGGACCAGGUGACCGUGCUGCCACCCGGGGAGUGGGACCCCACCAUCCGCAUCGAGCCGCCAAAGAGUGUCCCCUCUCAGGAGAAGAGGAAGAUGGCCCAGGUCCCCAACGGCUCCACUCCCACCUCUGACACCGGCGUGAAGGAGGAGUGCCAUCAGACUGGACCAGAGCUGCAGAGAACGGGGAGGAUAUUUGGAGGGCUGGUGUGGGACGUGAAGCGGAAGUGUCCGUUCUACUGGAGUGACAUCAGGGACGCGCUGAGCCUGCAGUGCCUGGCCUCCAUCCUCUUCCUCUACUGCGCCUGCAUGUCCCCCGUCAUCACCUUCGGGGGCCUACUGGGAGAGGCCACCAAGGGGAACAUCAGUGCCAUCGAGUCUCUGUUUGGGGCGUCCCUGACUGGCGUGGCCUACUCGCUCUUUGCUGGGCAGCCCCUCACCAUCCUGGGCAGCACGGGGCCCGUCCUCGUCUUCGAGAAGAUCCUCUUCAAGUUCUGCAGUGACUACGGCCUGUCCUACCUGCCCCUGCGCACCAGCAUCGGGCUGUGGACGGCCUUCCUGUGCCUGGUGCUGGUGGCCACGGACGCCAGCUCGCUGGUGUGCUACAUCACGCGCUUCACCGAGGAGGCCUUCGCCGCCCUCAUCUGCAUCAUCUUCAUCUACGAGGCGCUGGAGAAGCUGGUGCACCUGGGGGAGACCUUCCCCAUCAACAAGCACAACAACCUGGACAACCUCACCUUUUACACGUGUCAAUGUUCAGAGCCGGCCAACAUCACCACGGAGAUCACGCAGAAGCUCAACGCGUCGGGCUUUACCCCUGACACCAUCAACUGGAGCGAGCUGAAUGCGCCUAUGUGCCACAAGCUGAAGGGUGUGUUUGUGGGCCCGGCGUGUGCGGCCGAGGGCCCCUUCAUCCCCGACGUCCUCUUCUGGUCCAUCAUCCUCUUCUUCACUACCUUCCUCCUCUGCUCCUUCUUCAAGCAGUUCAAAACCAAGCGCUACUUCCCCACCAAGGUGCGCUCCACAAUCAGUGAUUUUGCCGUCUUUCUGACCAUCAUGAUAUUGGUGCUGGUGGACUACCUGUUGGGGAUUCCCUCUCCUAAACUCAACGUACCGGACACCUUUGAGCCCACGUCAAAGCACCGCGGUUGGCUGAUCUCUCCGCUGGGCGACAACCCCACCUGGACCCUGUUGGCGGCGGCCAUUCCCGCUCUGCUCUGCACCAUCCUCAUCUUCAUGGACCAGCAGAUCACCGCCGUCAUCAUCAAUCGCAAGGAGCACAAGCUCAAGAAAGGCUGCGGGUACCACCUGGACCUGCUGGUGGUGGCAGUGAUGCUGGGCGUGUGCUCGGUGAUGGGCCUGCCCUGGUUCGUGGCGGCCACCGUACUCUCCAUCACCCAUGUCAACAGCCUGAAGCUGGAGUCGGAGUGCUCGGCGCCCGGCGAGCAGCCCAAGUUCCUGGGCAUCCGCGAGCAGCGCGUCACGGGCCUCAUGAUCUUCGUGCUCAUGGGGCUCUCCGUCUUCAUGACCAAAGUGCUGAAGUUUAUUCCCAUGCCAGUGCUGUAUGGAGUGUUCCUCUACAUGGGUGUGUCCUCACUCAGAGGCAUUCAGUUCUUCGACCGCCUCAAGCUGUUCAGCAUGCCGGCCAAGCACCAGCCGGACCUGAUCUACCUGCGCUACGUGCCGCUGUGGAAGGUGCACAUCUUCACCAUCGUCCAGCUCACCUGCCUGGUGCUGCUCUGGGUCAUCAAGGCCUCGCAGGCCGCCGUCAUCUUCCCCAUGAUGGUGCUGGCUCUGGUGUUUGUCAGGAAACUGUUGGACUUCUUCUUCACCAAGAGGGAGCUCAGCUGGCUGGAUGACCUGAUGCCAGAGAGCAAGAAGAAGAAAGAAGACGACAAGAAGAAGAAGGCCAAAGAGGAAGCACAGCGAAUGCUCGAAGCUGACCAAGACAUGUUCGAGGAGGGGAAUCUUCUCAACAUCCCAGUCAAAACCCUCAAAGUCAGGUUGGACAGCGUAGUCUCGGAUGCCUCGUACGAGGAUGUGGAUGUGGAUGUGGAGAGCGGAGGGGUUGGUCAUUCAUGUGCUGACCCGUCUGUGGUAAACAUUUCUGAUGAAAUGGCCAAAACCUCUAUGUGGAAAGCUGUUACCAUGAACUCUGACAGUGCCAAAGUUCACAAACCUUGCACAAGCGAGGAGAAACCUGCCUCCAUCCAAAUCAACAUCGAGGACGAGAAGGGGGUGAAGUUUGUUGACAACGAGACGUCAUUAUGACGACCAGAGGGAACGGGUGUUUUGGCAGCAGGUGAUGGACUGCCUCAAAGCGGAGGACUCGGACCCGAGGCAGGAGGGGGCGGUGGCGCCCACUAGAGGCCUGGGGGACCCUCUCUUCUCCCGCACACUCUUCCUGGCAAACAUGAGGGCCGACCAGCCAAACCAAAGCCAGGCGUAAAGCAUAGGAGACAGAACCCUCUUGUACUGGAAGAGGUUUUUUUUUUUUUUUUGGCUUCUGACGUGUUUUUUUUUUUUUUUUUAAUGAAGUUAGAAGCAAAUAAUGCAUUUUAUUAAUUUUAUUCAGAUGUUUUAGUUUCGUUCCAUUUUUGUUUUGUUUUGUUUUUUAAGAUGCAUCCAUUUUACUUGUCAGACGGUUUCACAUACAUCUCUCUUGCCCCAUGGAGAGCUUGUCUUUAGAGUCAUAAGUCAUUUUUAUUUUAUUGUUUGUCUCUGACAUCGCCCUGGGUACCAAGGAAAUAUACCACAAUUUUUAUGUUGACCGUGGAUGCUCUUUUGUCAUGGCUGAAGUUUUAAUUUCUGGCAGUUGCUGCUUAUUAGAGGAACAUUGGAGGUUGUAUAUGAAGAGAUUCAGAAAACCUCUAGUGUCAGUUGUAUACAGUAGGUGUGCGUGUGCGUGUGCGUGUGCGUGUGCGUGUGUGUGUGUGUGUGUGUUUGUGCGUGUAAAAAAGAGGAUGAGAGCAAAGACUAUUUAAUUAAGAGAAUAGUUUAUUUCUCAGCUAGCACACAAUGUUUGAUCAUUAUAGCUAGUCUGAUACACACAUUACUGUGAAGAUCUAUGAGAAUAGAGGAAAACAAUCAUUUAGGAACGGACGGAUUUACCCCUCCUCAAGUCUUUAUCAUGUUGGUAAUGUAGGUGGUUGUUGUAAGCAGUUCAAUGAUGAAAUUAUAUACAGAUUGCAAUGAUUUUUAUUUUUAUUCAGCCAGUUGUGCUAGAGGUCGUAUUCUAUGGAAAGUUCGGAAGUUUGCCAUACAAAGAUAUGUAGGGAACCGUGUUGUAAUCACCCAUCACCUUAUAUGUAUUACACCGCAAAAGUUGCUGUUCGAUGUGGUCUACGGAUAUAAUGUGAUUUAUGUAGUGUUAUAGGAAAUUAAUAAUUUUAUACCACAACGUUGUUAUUUCUAUUGUCUUUUAAUUUAUUUUUAUGGUCAAGUUUUGCAGUCAGGGGAAGUUUAGGGGCAGUGAAAGUGGCGGGAUGCUGGCAGGGGUGUGUGUGUGCGAGCGUGUGUGUGUGCGUGCCUGUGUCUUUGUGUGUGUGCGUGCCUGUGUCUUUGUGUGUGUGUGUGUGUGUGUGUGUGUGUGUGUGUGUGUGUGUGUGUGUGUGUGUGUGUGUGUGUGUGUGUGUGUGUGUGCAUGGAGGGGGGAGGGGGGUGGUGUCUCUCUUUAUAUGUGCUCAGCUCCUGUCAUGUGUAACACUGCACUUUACACAAGGUACACAAACUCACACAUGAAUGGGAGUUGGGUUCGCCACAUGUACCUUAUUUAAUUAAGAUAUCUACUUAGAACAGUCUCAGGAAUCUAUGGGUUCCCCCAAUGGAGCCCUUGCGUCUGUGUCUCCUUUCUCCUAACCCCUUUUCUCCUACUCUCACUCUCUCCCUCGCCUUUUCCCCAUCAAUAGUUCAUUAUUAACGUCUCUCGUUUUUUUCAUACCUUACCCUGUGUUUGUUGCGGCAGUGUUUUUUUGUUUGUUUGUUUGUUUUGUUUUUUUUGUGCUGAUCAGGUAGUUUUUUUUUCUCCUCACUUCCCUCAGCCCCUCCCCCCUCCAUCUCACCAUCUCACCAUAAGCAUUUUACACUGGACAAGAAUGUGAUCGUUUGCUUUGCCAUUGCUUUUGUUUUGUAUCUGGUCCUUACUGAAUUCCUGGUCAGACCAUUUCAUUUUGUUUCUUAAUCUCAUAGACUGUAUAUUAUACAGUAUAUAGUCUAUGAUUGAACAUUAUAUAUAUGUAUUUUGUUUUUACUCCCACAAUUUUAAUUCUUUUGUUGGAAAAAAAUAUAUAGUUUUCUCGUAUUCUUGUUUGCCUGUAUCCAGCUAGUGGUGAACAAGUUGGUUCUUUUACAGUGGUUAGUUCAUAUUUUUAAUUGCCAUGCCAUGUAUUGGGUUGCAGAUAUUAAAAGCUAUUUGCAUAUAAUGUCUGAAUCAUACAGUUAAAAGUAGUAGAGAAGAAUCAUAACUAGAUUCUAGUCCUUGAUUUUUUUUUUAUUAUUAUUAUUAUUAUGCCUUAUAUUCAAAAUCAACAAUUGGUAAAUGAAAAAAGGCCCCUUUCUUUAACAGUUCCCUUGCUGUUGUUUUUUUCUGUUUGCUCAUAUCAUUGAGGAACUAUUUGCACCAUGAACUAUACUGGAGCCACAUUUAAGGAGGAGGACAAAAGUUAAGUUCUCCACCUUGUGUCUUCACCUGUUGCUCUCAUACAUGUCAGAUGCAUUGAAGCCUUUUUUUGUGCCCAGUUGUUUCUUGUGCCUAUAGCGGGUGGCAGUGGACAGAUUAAGCCUGGAGGUUUAAGACGGCACUGUACUUAGUAUGUGGACCUCAUGUUUCUGUGCUCAGCUCCACCACUGUGCUAGCCCAUAAUCAAUGCUCCUGUCUUGUGUAGGCCUAGCCUAUUACCAACCUGCCCAUGUGAGCAAGCUGCACAGUGCAAGGCUGCUGGAGGAUGUGCAUCAGUUCAGUUCGUUAGUGAGGGUGACAGACUGGUGAUGCAGUACAGUAUAGAAGCGAGAGAUUUUCUUAAUUUUCAUGAUCCGUUUGGUUAACAUUGUGCAGAAACUCCUCCAUGUUAUACCAAAUGGAGGGAUAAGCAAGAAGUGCUAUUUUUUGUAGCGAAUUGUCAAUGAAAUUGUAAAAAAAAAAAAGCAAUAAAGGUGAUCACAUCAGA